AUGUAUCGCAACAAAACACUCAUUCAACUGGGCCUUUCAUCUUUUCGCAAGCCUGCAAAUAUUGUAUUUGGAAAUCAAUUAUUGUGGUUGACUCGUAGGCAACAAAUGGGUUCAAGAGAAUUCAAUGAUCAACAACAAGUUACAAAUUACUCCACUGCCUCCACAAGUAAAUCAAAAAAGAAUUCAAAAUUCUAUACUUUUUGUAAUCAAAAGCUUUCCGAUCAAUUAAUUGUCAAUGGAAAGAACAUUGUUGAAGAAUUAUUCAGCACCUCAAGUUCCAAGCUUUGUUUUAGUGAAAUUUCGUUCAAGAGGAGCGUUCUGACAGUUGAAGGAGAGCAGGCUGAUUCUUUUAUUCACUCACUUGUCACAAGUGAUGUCUCCAAAAGGCUUUUACACAUAGAUGAUGCAAAGAAAACAUCUUUAGCUCUUCAUAAUUCCCAACCUUCCAUGUUUUUAAAUCCCAAAGGAAGAGUUCUGUUUGAUACCAUUCUUGGAAUAGAAUUUGAUAGUGAAAGUGGAGCAAUGAAAAAUAAUAACAGAAUUUAUAUUGAGCACGAUACAACCAAGACUGAUGAUUUAUUUGCACAUUUGAAAAGUCAUGUACUAAGAAAGAAGGUUAAAAUUGAAAAAUAUGUCACAAGCUUUGACAAUCAACCUGAAGGUACCACAGUUGUCAAAGUCUUUGCAUUAUUUGGAAAUCCACUUUUAAAAGCUAAAACUGGUGAGCUCAAGUACAAAUGGAAGGAUUCUGUCGUGUGUUUGAGGGAUCCACGAUUGGACGUACUCGGAUACAGGAUUUAUGGAUUUUUCAAGUCACAAAGUGAGUAUGAGAAAUUCAAACAAGAUGUUCAGUCAGAAUUGCAGCCAGAACAAUUGAUAUUGGAUACUGAAAAGGCGGAAUACUAUGAAAGAGUUCGGAUUCUAUGUGGAAUUGCCGAGAAUGCAAUUGACAUUCCAACAGAUGUUGCAUUUCCAAUGGAGGCAGGAUUUGAGCAAAUUGGUGGAAUUCACUUUGAUAAGGGAUGUUAUAUCGGUCAGGAAUUAACCACUAGAACCUAUCAUAGAGGUGAAAUUCGAAAGAGAAUUCUUAUUGUUCGAGGUGACAAUUUACCAAGCCCAGGUACUGAACUAAUAUUUAGCGGAGAAAGUGUAGAAAAUCUCAGAAAUGAUAAGGCAGGAAGAAUGUGUUCCCGUGAUGGAUCUUUAGGACUGGCUCUUGUGAAAUUUGAACCCCUAAUGGAGAAGGAUUCUAAUAUUUCUCUUGUUUCUGAAACAGAUACCAGCUCUUCCAUUAAAAUUACUCCACCCUAUUGGAUAGCAUUGUAA